GUUCAGUUCCUCGUGAAGUUGUCACUCCAUCCAGAUUUUUCUCUGAACAGAAAAUCCGUUUUAUCAUUGGGAAGUUUAUUCGAUGGCCGAGAAAAGUAAGAUUCUGAUCAUCGGAGCCACUGGCUACAUCGGGAAGUUCAUCGCUGAGGAGAGCGCUAAGUCUGGUCAUCCGACUUAUGCGCUAGUGAGAGAAGCCACUCUGUCGAGCCCCGCCAAAUCGAAGAUCGUCGAGAAUCUCAAGAACGCAGGCGUCAAUUUUGUGACCGGGGAUCUGCAUGAUCACGAGAGCUUGGUGAAGGCGAUAAAGAAAGUGGACGUGGUGAUCUCGACUGUCGGUAGUCUACAGUUAGCUGAUCAAGCCAAGAUCAUCGCUGCUAUCAAGGAAGCUGGCAAUGUCAAGCGAUUCCUUCCCUCAGAGUUUGGGAACGAUGUGGACCGUACCCAUGCUGUUGAGCCUGCAAAAUCAGCAUUUGCCACUAAGUCCAGCAUACGUCGAGCUGUUGAGGCUGCAGGAAUUCCACACACUUAUGUGUCAAGCAACUUUUUUGCUGGAUACUUUCUUCCUACUCUGAACCAGCCUGGAGCCACUGCUCCCCCUCGAGAUAAAGUUAUCAUCCUGGGAGAUGGGAACCCCAAAGCUGUUUUCAACAAGGAAGUAGACAUUGCCACCUACACUCUCAAAGCCGUGGAUGAUCCAAGAACCCUGAACAAAAUCCUCUACAUCAGGCCUUCUGCCAACAUCAUCUCAUUUAAUGAUCUGGUGUCUCUGUGGGAGAAAAAGAUUGGGAAAAACCUCGAAAAGAUCUAUGUUCCGGAGGAGCAACUUCUGAAGAAUAUCCAAGAGGCCUCUGUUCCUCUUAAUGUGAUAUUGGCAAUUAGUCAUGCUGUGUUCGUGAAGGGAGAUCACACCAACUUUGAGAUUGAACCGUCAUUUGGAGUGGAGGCUUCACAGCUUUACCCUGAUGUGAAGUACACUACUGUGGAUGAGUACCUUAAUCAGUACGUCUGAAUCCUCCUCUAUAGUGAGCUAGCUAAGUAAAUAAUGUGGGAUAACAUUGCAUGGUUGACGUUGACAAUCUCUGGAUUAUGUAAGAGAUUCUUACGUUAGCUUAUAAAUUUCGUGGCCUUCUAUGAACUUGGUAGCUUUUUAUGGCAAUCUGUGCAAUUUAUGCUUCGUUUUCA